AUGCCGCCUCCGGAGCCCAUGCCCGGCUACGGGGAGCUGCUGCGCCGCGGCCUCGGCAGCCUGGCGGCGGCGGCGCGGGGCUGCGGGGACUGCGGCUGGGAGCGGGCGCUGCGCACCUGGGCCGACAACGCGCACCUGGGCUGGGCCGAGCUGCUGCUGUGCGCGAUCUGCGCGCUGGGCUGGACCGCGCUGCGCCGCGCCUGCUCCCGCCGCCUGCUGCGGCCCCUGGCGGAGUGGUGCCAGCUGCAGCCCAGAGAUGCCGCCAAGAUGCCCGAGAGCGCCUGGAAGUUGUUCUUCUACUCGGUGUCGUGGUCCUACGGCGCCUACCUGCUGUUCUGCACCGAGUACCCCUUCUUCCACGACCCGCCCUCCGCCUUCUACGGCUGGCAUCGGGGCAUGGAGGUGCCCAGGGACAUUGCCCUGGCGUACCUGCUGCAGGGCAGCUUCUACGGGCACUCGCUGUACGCCACGGCCUACAUGGACACGUGGCGCAAGGACUCGCUGGUGAUGCUGCUGCACCACGUGGUCACCCUGACCCUGCUGGCCUCCUCCUACGCCUUCAGGUACCACAACGUGGGCGUGCUGGUGCUGUUCCUGCACGACGUCAACGACGUGCAGCUCGAAUUCACCAAGCUCAACGUGUACUUCAAGCACCGCGGCGGCGCCUUCCACCGCCUCAACGACGUGCUGGCCAACGCGGGCUGCCUGGCCUUCAGCGUCAGCUGGUUCUGGUUCCGUCUCUACUGGUUCCCCCUGAAGGUGCUCUACGCCACCUGCCACUCCAGCCUGCAGGCCGUGCCCAACAUCCCCUUCUACUUCUUCUUCAACGCGCUGCUGCUCGUGCUCACCCUGAUGAACAUCUACUGGUUCCUGUACAUCGUGCUCUUCGUGGCCAAGGUGCUGCUGGGGCAGAUGCAGGAGGUGAACGAUGUCCGUGAGUACGACCUGGAGGAGAGCAGGAAACCCGGCAAGGAGCCCGGGGUCCCGCUGCCCCGGGCUCUGAAGGAGGGGCUGCACCUCAGGAACGGCCUCGUGAAGGACAAGAGGUUGUGAGGGCGGCGUGGGCGCGGCUGCGGGGCUGGCACUGCCCGGGACCUGCUCUGGGACCCUGCCAAGGACAGCAACUGCCCCCUGCCCCCUCCAGCCCUGGCACU